AUGUCUCCUCUAACAUCCGCUCUGCUCUAUUUGUCCCUCAGUAUCUUCUCUCUGCCCCUGUGUAGUGCCCAGCAAGAUAUCACAAACGAUACCUUCUUCUAUGGACAGUCACCAUGGAUCCCCGCGCUGAUCCAUUCUGGGACCGGAAGCUGGGCUGCGGCCUACGAGAAGGCCAGUGUCUUUGUCGCACAGCUGAGCUUAGAGGAGAGGGUGAACCUCACCGGCGGCGUGCAACUCGCCAACGGCUGCUCAGGAAAUAUACCGCCGAUUGAGCGCGUUGGCUUCCCUGGAAUGUGCUUGACAGACAACGGGCAGGGUGUGAGAGCAUCCGAUUUUGUGAGUGGGUUUGCCAGCGGAAUCCAUGUUGGAGCAAGUUGGAACAGGGAGUUAGCCUACCAGCGAGGGCUCGCCAUGGGUUUCGAGUUCCGGAAGAAAGGAGUUAACGUUAUGCUCGGCCCUGUUGUCGGUCCUUUAGGUCGAGUUGCGGCCGGCGGGCGCAAUUGGGAGGCCUUCUCCAAUGACCCAUACCUGAGUGGCGCCCUUGUGGACCCGACGGUCAGAGGAGUGCAGGAAAAAGGCGUCAUUGCUUGCACCAAGCAUUUCAUUGGGAACGAGCAAGAACUCUACCGGAACCCGACUGAAGACCCCCAGACCAACCAGACCAUCGAGUCAACCUCCUCCAACAUCGAUGACCGUACCAUGCACGAGCUCUAUCUGUGGCCCUUUGCUGACGCCGUCCACGCCGGCACCGGCUCCAUCAUGUGCUCCUACAACCGCAUUAACAAUUCGUAUGGUUGUCAGAAUGCCGCUUCGCAGAACGGUCUACUCAAGACCGAGCUGGGCUUUUCCGGCUUCGUCGUGUCGGAUUGGUUCGCGCAGCACUCCGGCGUCGCAUCCGCUCUCGCCGGCCUGGACAUGGUCAUGCCGUCUGGUCUGACGUACUGGGCAGGUAACCUAACACAAGCCGUGAACAACGGCUCCGUGCCCGAAAGCCGAGUGGACGACAUGGCUUCGCGCAUCGUUGCCACGUGGUACCAGAUGGCGCAGGAUGACCCGGCUUCUGAUUUCACCAGUCCUGGCAAGGGGAUGCCCCAGGCCCUUCAGGACCCUCAUGACGUAGUCGACGCUCGGGACCCCAGUGCGAAGUGGCUCCACCUCCAAUCCGCCGUCGAGGGCUACGUGCUGGUCAAGAACACUAACUCGGCGCUCCCGCUCCAGUCUCCACGCAUGCUGAGCGUGUACGGAUACUCAGCCACGGUAGCCGCAGACAACAACCCAGGUAAGCCCAAUCCUGCAGCAGCAGGCUUUUCCGCGUGGUCACUUGGCGCGACGUCGGCCGAUCUCAACGCCCUUAUCUGCGGCUUCGGCAUCCCUGCCAACUGUCCUCCGCUGCUCCAGAUCGCGGACAAGGGGACGCUCAUAUCCGGCGGCGGCUCCGGUAGUGUCACGCCCUGGUACAUUUCGGCGCCUCUUGAUGCGCUGGCUGAGUAUGCGUACGACAACGACGUGAUGAUGCUGUGGGACCUGCAGAACAUCAACGGCACAUCUACGUCCUCGGCCGUGACCGACGCAUGUCUGGUCUUCAUCAACGCUUGGGCCACCGAGGGCCAGGACCGGCCGGGCCUGGCGGACAGCUUCUCGGACACGCUGGUCAACAACAUCGCGGACCAGUGCGCCAACACCAUCGUGGUUAUCCACAACGCGGGCAUCCGCCUGGUGGACGGCUUCGUCGACCACCCCAACGUCACUGCCAUUCUGUACGCGCACCUGCCGGGCCAGGAUAGCGGGCGCGCCCUAGUACGCGUGUUGUCCGGCCAGGAGAGUCCCAGCGGCAAGCUGCCGUACACGGUAGCCAAGCGCUUCGAGGACUACGGGGCGAUCGCCAACUCGACCAAGGGCCGCGAUGGCGGCUACAACUGGUUCCCACAGGACACCUUUGCCGAGGGCGGCCUCGUCGAUUACCGGUACUUUGACGCGCUGGGCAUCGAGCCGCGGUAUGAGUUCGGCUUUGGCAUGACAUACACGACGUUUGAGUACUCGGGGAUCAGUGUCGCAGCGGUGGCUAGCAGCGGCGGUGACAACGUCACUAUUCCUGCGUUCCCGACGGGCGCCGUUCGACAGGGAGGGCGCGCGGACCUAUGGGACAUGGUGCUGAUGGUGGCGGCGGACGUGCAUAACGCGGGAAACGUGACGGCGAAAGAGGUCGCACAGGUGUACGUGACCAUCCCGAACAGCACGGUCAACAUCCCAACUCAAAAGGCGCCGGUCGGGCGGCAGCUGCGCGGCUUUGAGAAGGUCGAGGUGGCGCCCGGCGCGACGGUAAGGGUGACCUUCGCGCUGACGCGCAGGGACCUGAGCGUGUGGGACGUUCAGGCGCAGGAGUGGCGCCUCGGCGCCGGGGCCUAUGUCGUCGAGGUCGGGAGCAGCAGCCGCAUGUUGCCGUUGAGACAAACAGUCGACGUGACUGUGAUGGCAGGCGGCGGUGGUUGA